AUGGCACUGAAUGCAAGCAAGGUUUCAAGCAGCGCUUUGGUGAAUCAAAGGAAAAAUACCUCUACGUCUCAUGAAAUCACAUUUUCUUUUUCCAAGUCAAUCCAACAAAGUAAACUAUGCCCUACUUACCAAGGAAUCGAGCUUCAGAAACUGAGCAGUAAACAUCUCUUGACAACAAAGUCAGCCUUCUCUGGUGAGAGUUUGUGGGGAAUACAUGGAAAACCAAUUAGUUUCAUAAUCUCUCGCAGACCUUCCACAUUAUGCCUGUCGACACGAACUCAUAGAACUGAAGAAAAAGAAUAUAUUAGACCUUACAGUGACAAUUCCAAUGUAUCCAGGACACAAAUUGGAGACAAGGAUGAUGAGCAUCCAGUCAUGCCUAGGAGAACUAUUCACUCAUCUCAUGCUUUAGCUGAAGCUUGUAAAUUUGUACAUAAUGAUGCCAAGUUUGUAAAUGAAAGGGCUCGUAACGACAUCACUUUACUAUCACGUGGGAUUCUAAGGCUGGAUGCCCGUGCACGUAAAGAUUUUGCUAUUCUUGGGUCUGGGUUUCUUAAACUCAAUGACCUUGCAGCACGAGCAAGAGAGGACACUGAGAAAAUUGACCGUGAUGUGAAGGAAAAGGCUGAACGUCUUCAUCAAAUUGCUACUAUCAUAAAGGAUAGAGCUGAAUCCAAAUUGAGAACUGCUGCUGACAAGCACUGGAGUGAUGGUGCCUUGGAGGCUGAUUUGCGCCUUGCCGACUUCCGUGCCAAGCAACGUGCAAUGGAAGAUGCUCUUAUGGCGUUGGAGGAAGAAGGUUCACCCACUGCUAAUGACAUGCUGGGAAAUAUAAGGCUUGAGAAAAAUGGAAGGACGCUAGACUUCUUCCCUGGAGAAGUAUCAAAAGAUCGCAUUACUGCUAUUCAGGAAGCGUACUGGAGUAUGGCAUCUGCACUCUCUGAAGCCGAUGGAGUUGAUUAUACUGAUCCUGAGGAGGCAAUUGAUCUGAUUCUGGUUUCAAUGUUUGCUUAUGUACCUGCUCUUUCCUGUCUGGAGCAGCUUGAGUUGUUGGUUACAACUCUCAUAGAUCUUGAUGCAAUGGAUGGUAAGAGUAGUGUAUCGCUAUUGGCAGAAUGUUCAAACUCUCCAGAUGUCAACACAAGACAAGCACUGGCCAAUGCAUUGGCAGCAGCCCCAUCAAUGUGGGCUCUGGGAAAUGCAGGCAUGGGAGCUUUACAGAGACUGGCAGAAGAUAAAAACCCAGCCAUUGCUUCUGCAGCAUCAAAAACUAUCUAUGAGCUGAAGAAACAGUGGGAGAUAGAGGAAGGAGAUAGUUGGAUGUUUAUGAUGAAUCAAAAACCAGUUCAAAAAGGAGAUAUCCAAGAGGACAGCAAUGAUGCAGAUACGGAUUGA